UGGUUGUGGGUCCCACGAAGUCUCUUCCAUUUCUAGUAUGUACCAAUGCCAAUAGUCCAGCCACCACCACCAGCAGCACCCAUAAAACCCCACUUUUAUUCGUUUAACACGCUUUUUUUGUUCCCACAAUACAACCCUGCGUUAAAAUCAUGAACAAUUAACCAUUUCAUCAUCUUCUUAAUUAACUUAAAUUUUUCCACAUUUAGUUUCAAUUUCAAUGGCAGUUAUAUCCCUCUCUCUACUCUCACCCCCUUCCACUCAUUCUUGUUUCUAUACACGAAUCAAUUUCCGCUCCCACAACAGUAACAACAAUUUCCUUUCGAUUCAUUCCCCUUCUCCUUUUCCUUCUACUUUCUCCAACUCCAAUUCAAAGGUUUCUAGUAGAACAAAACGCUUUCACACUGUUUUUGCUGCUUCUUCUGACUAUUAUUCUACUCUCGGAGUUCCCAAAUCCGCCACCGCUAAAGAAAUCAAAGCCGCUUAUCGAAGGUUAGCUCGUCAGUACCAUCCUGAUGUGAACAAGGAACCUGGGGCAACUGAAAAGUUCAAAGAGAUCAGUGCUGCAUAUGAGGUGCUAUCAGAUGACAAAAAGAGGGCUUUGUAUGAUCAAUAUGGAGAAGCAGGAGUUAAGAGUGCAGUGGGAGGAGGAUCAAGUGCCUAUACGACCAAUCCAUUCGACUUAUUUGAGACAUUUUUUGGGCCAAAUAUGGGUGGCUUUGCUGGUAUGGACCCAACUGGAUUUGGCACACGGCGUCGUAGUACUGUUACUAAGGGUGAAGACAUCCGGUAUGAUUUCUCCUUGGAGUUUUCUGAGGCAAUUUUUGGAACAGAGAAAGAGUUCGAGCUUUUCCAUUUAGAAACAUGUGAAGUCUGUACUGGUACUGGUGCAAAGUUAGGCUCCAAGAUGAGAGUAUGUUCAACUUGUGGUGGGAGGGGUCAGGUGAUGAGGACCGAACAAACACCUUUUGGAUUGUUCUCACAGGUUUCAGUAUGUCCAAGCUGUGGAGGUGAUGGUGAAGUCAUAUCUGAAUAUUGUCGUAAAUGCAGUGGUGAAGGACGCAUACGGGUUAAGAAAAGUAUGAAAGUUAAAGUUCCUCCUGGGGUUAGCUCGGGCAGUAUUUUAAGAGUUGCUGGGGAGGGUGAUGCUGGACCAAGAGGGGGUCCUCCAGGAGAUCUUUACGUUUAUCUCGAUGUGCAAGAGAUACCAGGAAUUCAAAGAGACGACAUUAAUCUCCGCUCAACAAUAUCAGUCAGUUAUCUAGAUGCUAUACUGGGGUCUGUAGUGAAGGUUAAGACAGUUGAAGGAACUUCUGAACUACAAAUCCCUUCCGGCACCCAACCUGGAGAUAUCCUCGUCCUUGCAAGGAAAGGUGUACCAAAAUUAAACAAGCCAUCAAUACGUGGUGACCACCUAUUUACUGUUAAAGUUACAAUACCGAAACGUAUUAGUUCAAAGGAGCGUGAGGUACUUGAAGAACUUGCUUCUCUAGGUGACACAAGCAGUCAUUCCAGAUCCCGUCCUAGAACUCAAUCUUCCAGAAGUAAGGAAGGUCCUGCAGCUCAAAGGGCCGAAAGUCCAAUAGCAACAGUCACAGAAAAACCAGAGAAAUCAGAAGACCAAGAUGACUUAUGGAAUAAACUAAAGAAUGCGGCUGGGUCUGUGGCAAAUGGAGCUCUAAAGUGGUUUAAAGAUAAUCUUUAGUUCAAUGGGAUUAUUAGGCGGUCAAUAGUCUCCAGAAUGUAGUUUAUCUAACUGGGGCUAGAGUUGUAAUGAUUCGAACAGCCGCCAGAGCAAAAGGGGAGGGACUAUGUAGACAUUUUCUUCAAUUGCUAUAAAUGGAAAUUGUUAGAGCAACACAGCAAAAUGAAACAAAUGCUGCAUAUUCUUUUAUUUCUUGUACUUAUAAAUUUUGGCACGAGGCAGUUUAUACAGAAUAGUAACUUGUUGAAGAAUCUUUUGUACCCUAUGAACAGGUUGCACUAGAGAAAGGUAGUGUUUAUUUCGUAGGAGGUCUAAGCUCAAUUUCAGUGAAUUACCUAAAAAUUUAUGUACUGGCAGUUUCAUAAAUCCUUCCAAAUGACAACUUUGCAAAUUCACCUCA